AGAGAAACCUAUACUUAGUGUGUUGCAAGUGAAGAUAUUUUAUUUACAGUUAUUUGCGGUUAAUACGAAACGAUGGUGAAACUAGAAACAAUUAGGGUUACCCAGUUCCAGUAUUUCUCUGUCAUGGUCAUAGUGAUUCUGACGAGCUUCGUGCUGUUUCCUGGGGGGAGAAAGAUCGACGGUCAAUCGACGUUCAUCAGUCUAAUCCACUUGGGCAGCUGGGCAGCCAACUACGGGGCGCAACUCUGGGUCACCCUAGUGGCAGGAUUAACGAUGUUCUACAAUCUGCCUCGCCAUAUGUUCGGAAAGGUCCAAAGUCGUCUGUUCCCCAUGUUUUUCCUCUGGAGUCUCGUCACGGCAGCAGUCCAGCUGGGCACAUUUGUCGCACAACAUCCAAUGGAAUCUUGGCAGUCUGCCCACACAGUUGAGGUGGUCACUUUGACGACUGGUUUCCUGACUGCUGCUAUGAACUCUUUGAUACUGUCUCCGCUCAUUGUCAAGGCCAUGGUGAAGACAUUUCGUCUCGAAGUGGAAGCCGGCAUUACUGACGUCAUAGGACACGCUGACGUCACAGAGCUGAAGAAAGACCCGAUCUACAGGGAUGCCUACCGAAUGUUUAGAAGGUAUCACGGCCUUGGUGCUCUUAUGACGUUGGCGGGAUUAGCAAGCAACUCCAUACACCUGUACUACUUGACGUGUCAGUGUGUACCCAUAUGAUAACUGAACCAGAUUCAUCACAGUGCAAUGAUAUAUAUAUAUAUAUAUAUAUAAAAACUAUGAGUCUUCUAUGGCAGAGGCAUAUUCGAUUGUUUCGAAUAGCGCCUGAAGAAUCAAGCGUUUUCCACAAACAGUCCGAAAACCGGGUUUUGUGGCAUGAAGGAAAUGACGUAUUGGUUACCAGGCAACGCCGUGUGAACAUAGAUGGCUGUAAUGUAAGGGAAUCGCUGUGAUACAAUUAUCAAACGAAUCACGUGUUGGUUACCAGGCAACACCACGUGGACAUCAGUGACUGCACUGUUAUGAAAGUAUCAUGAUGCAAUUAUCAAACGAAUGACGUAAUGGUUACCAGCAACCUAAUUUGAACAGUGAGAUGGAUAUAAUAGAAUGCAAGUACUGUGAUGCAAUUAUCAACCAAACGACGUGUUCGUUACCAAGCAACGGAAAUUGAAAAAGUGAGAUGGAUAUUACAUAAUGGAAGUAUUGUGAUGCAAAUAUCAAACAAGUGACGUGUUCGUUACCAGGCAACGUCAUGUGAACAUUGGUGUCGGAAUUGUAAUGAAAAUAUACAAGUACCUUUUAAAAAAAACAAAAAACAAAAACGAUGUGAACAUUGGUGUCAGAAUUGUAAUGAAAAUAUACAAGUAUUAAAAAAAAAAUUCGAUUGUGUUGAUUACCAUGCAAGACAAUGUGUACAGCAGUGAUUUAAUUUGGCAGGUUUGUUCAAGGAAACUUAGUAGGAAGGUUGAAGACAAUAUAAAACGUUGGUUAGAUAGAGCACACUGACAUUUUAGAUUAAUACAUACAACUUGUUGCAGCGAAACCUAUGGAUUUACAUAGAGCCAGUUUAUCUAGUAGUAGUGAUGUGUACAUUUAUUUCUCCAGGUUAUUUUUCCCUUCACCCCGAGGGAGUUGCAAAAUAUAUAUUCUUGGAAGGGGGCCCAACUGUUAUUUGUGCUACAGGCCCCGCGGAUCCUUAAACCGGCUCUAUAUUAUAUACCAUCAUGACGUCAUAUCUACUGUCGGCAUUUAUUUUAUUAAUUUAUUUUAUUAACUUGAAAAGAGAAAAAACUAAAUUAUAUUUUAAACAAAUAUUUUGUAUGCUUUUUAAAAAAUUAUUAUGGUCAAAAUUAUGUUCAAAUCAUAUUUUCAUCACAUGUUUUUUUUAAAUUUUAUUUACUUCAUUAUUUUUAUUUUAUUAAAAAGUGUUUUGUGGAAUGUGAAGAAUUGGUGGAAGGGAAGCCAUCAUGGACGAACCUAGGAUUCCUGUCAUAUUUCAUCUUUCAUUAAUAUAUCGAGGGUGGACAACCAGAACUGGCUUUUUCAUAAGUAAUAAAGAUUUUCAGAAGUAGAAUUUUAACAUUUUUUUUUUUUUUUAAAUGAAAACCUAAACAUUUUGCUUUUUCAAAUUACGUGCAUAUGGAUGGAUUUCCAUCAGUCAUACUGCAUGUGUAUAUUUUUAACAAAUUAUACAAACACACAAAAACGACAAAAGCUUGAACAAAAAAUCAAAUAAAACAACAUAAUCCCUGCAUUAAAAAGAGGAACAUGUCAAUUAAUGGAUUAUUUCUCUUCGAUGCUAGUUUUGAUUUAGUAAACAAAACAAAAAAGGAAAAAAAAGAGCUGGGAAUGGCAGUCCUCGCUAUGCCGUUGCAAGGAUGAAAUCUGCAGUAUAACAUCUGUGCACCUUUAGACGAGGCACUAUGUAGAGAAUCAUGGAAUCGGCCCCUAUUUUGGCAAAUUCCCAUUCGAAUCUGUGUUGUGAUACGGCCCUGAUCACGUAUUGCGGUUUUGUCGUUGAGAUUCAUUUUCGCAAAGAGGGAACAGAACGCGUUCUGGUUGUGAACCAUGAAAACGACUAUCCCGAGUUUUCAGCCCUAGAAAAACAAAUUAAACACGCAUCCUGCUUUUUUCCCUUUUUUGUCUUGGCUACAAACUCAGGAUAGUUCCUAUUAUAUUUUAGUGUUACUCCUUUUUGCUUUAUUUAUUUAUUUAUUUAUUUUUAUUUAUUUAUUUAUUUAUUUAUUUAUUUAUUUAUUUAUUUAUUUAUCUUUAUCUCUUUCUGUUUCUUUAUUCAAGGUCGAAUUUAGAUUUAUUUCACAACAGAAACAAAGGAUCUCAUUAUCUGAAUAUUAUAUUUUGUUAAGCGUCUGUGAUGAUGAAAUGUCUAUAUAUGUUUAUAGUCAAUGUGAUGAUGAAAUGUCUAUAUAUGUUUAUAGUCAAUGUGAUGAUGAAAUGUCUAUAUAUGUUUAUAGUCAAUGUGAUGAUGAAAUCUCUAUAUGUUUGUAAUGUUAUUUGUUUUGCGUUUGAAUACGUGUUGUUAUAUUUCUAGUUUAGAUCUUAUAUUUUGUAUUGUUGCUGAUCUGCGAUAAAAUAUAUUUCAAAUGUAAACUAUCA